AUGCUGAAAAAGCACCAGCAUAAUGCUCAUGAGCUUGGCGUGGUUUUGGAUUUGAGUAUAUCUAACCCGUUCCUCCAUGACGUGGUUGCUUCUCAAACCAACAAAAAUUACUGGUUGGUUGGCGUAACCGGAAUGAAAAUUCAGGAGAUUAAACACAUUUUGGAUGAAUUCCCCAUGGAUUUAAACGAACAGAUAUAUUUGUAUGACAUCCAAAACGCCCGGGUUAUUCUUCACGAGGCCUACAAAAUUCAUCCCUCAAAGAAGGCCAGAUUCCAAAAGAUCGGAUUUUGGAGCAAUUCUUCUCGUCUGCAAAUAUCAAACGGAGAAAUUUGGGACAGACGAGCUGAUUUGGAGGGGAUUGAAUUCAAGAUCGCCACCCUGUACUCGCCACCCUAUAUUACAGCUAUGAUCCCAAUUAAUAAAUCUAGUUACGGAGUUCCGGAAAAUUAUGCUUUAACGGGAAUGCUUGCUGAUGUUUUUGCAAAUCUAAAGGAAAUCUUGAACUUCACUUUCGUUGUGACCAAACCACAGGAUGGCCAUUAUGGUGUUGUGAACAAUGAUAGAAAAACAUGGACGGGAAUGGUGGGAAUGCUCCAAAACAAAGACAUAGACAUGGCAGUCACAGAUUUCACUGUAACCGUGGAAAGGUCACUCGUGAUCAGUUUCACUGAGCCCAUCACUCAAAUAUAUCACAGCUUGUUCAUCAAGAAUCCAACCGGAACUCCUCAUUACACGGCUUAUAUAGAACCAUUACAUUGGAUGGUUUGGUUAACCUUGGCGUUUUUCAUCUUUUUCAUCCCUUUAAUCCUGUAUCUGAGUGCGAGGUUUUAUGGCUAUGGAUCACAUACCGCCAAUAGACGUGAAUUAACUUUGGGAAAAUGUUACGCAUUUAUUGCUGGCAUAUUGACAUCUGCCCGAGCUUGGGACAAUGCACCAUCACCUUUGAAGGCCAGACUGGCCUUUUUCAGUCUUUUGGUUGGUGGCACUCUAGUAUUUUGGCAUUGGGAGGCCAUGCUAAUAUCUUAUUUGUCAAGUCGGGUGAUUGUUCUUCCCUUCGAAACCCUUCGAGGCAUGUCGAUCGUAUUCUGGACUGUUGAACUUACUUCAAUCUUUACAAAUGCAAUUCUUUAUGCUUAA